GUCGAGUUGUGUCGACGAUUGUGUGUCAAGAACAGAACGCGCUGUCGUCUAAAUAAAGCUUGUAAAAUCCUAGUUUGGUGUAAAAAUAUGUAAAUAAAUAGAAAAUAACGUUAGUGUUAGUGUGAACCAAAGAUAUUUCAACUUAUUUUUUACGUUUUAUAGGAACUAACAAUAAUAUAUCUAAACACCGAAUGUUUCGUUCUGAUGGCGCUAUGGCCGCUAAAACAGGGGAAAAAUAAUCCGCCUUAACCUCAUUUGCUCAUUUGUAAACAACGUUUUUGGAAACCACUCCGGAACAUUAAAAAGAAAUGUGGCUUUUUUUAAACAAUUUACUCCAAUAACAACAACAAACAUCACACCAGAAACAGCAAUCAGAAGUAAUCAUAAUCAUGGCAAAAGUUAAAAAGGUUAUGACAGCAACACAUUUUGACAGACAAAUAAUUUUUAUAUUCUAAUGUUUUAUUUUGUUGCUUGUUCACGAUGAAUGUUAAACAAGAAAGGCACGAUGAAGCAGAGAUUAGAGAGCUCGCUGCAAAAUUCAUGGAAGCGAGCAAAGCGAAAAUGGCUAUACCUCAGAGACCUGCACAGCAAUCUGGUCAAAAUCUAAACAUUUUAAGUUUUUUUGGAAGUGAUAAAUCAAAAACGAAAAGUAAUUCACCGAGCGAAAUUGACACGAAAAACAUAGAUGAAGAAUCGGUUAAGGGAAGGUUCGGUUGGACUAUAAUGGGUAAGAUACAUAUUCCUUACAUUACUCGAUCAGGAGAGAGUUACUGUGCUGUUAGGAUGGUGGAAAUGAAAGUGUUAAAUAAGUUGUUAAAUUAUCUCCAUCAAGAUCUUUAUAAUUGUACUAAUAUUAGAAGUUACUACAUUACUGAAGCAGAGGCAAGACUUUUAAAUGAAAUCAACUUUAAACAUUGUGACUAUCAAUUCGGUCGUGAACAAUUUACUUCGAGAGAUCUUAUAGUUAGACUGACUGAUGCUAAUGAAUUUUAUCAAUUCUUAGGACACUGUUAUGCGAAACUUGUAAAUACAGCUGAUGCUGAAAACUUAGAACGAUGUGGUUUUAUUAGGAUUAAUAAAGAAUCUGUGGUUCCUUAUACAGUGUAUAACGAUCAAAAGUACGUACCCUUAUUUUAUUUUGAAGGUGAAACGGACAAUCUUAAGCAACGUGCGGAUAAGUUAGAAGGUUGGGACUUGUCGUAUUUAAAGUUUUGUUGUAAGGUUCAAGGAAUUCGAAAUGAAUUAUUUGCACAUGACUCUUGUUCAGUGAUUAGUUUAAAUGAUAUCAAAAACUACUUUCCACCUGGUACAAUAUUCGAGGAUUAUUGGCCAAAGAAGAACCUGGAUUCACAGUUGUUAAUUAGCAGAAAUUCUAAUCAACAACAAAUUGUGCAAUGGACUAGACAACCUGUGGCACCUCCGAUAUCGGCCCAUCCUCCACCAUCGCCAAAACCAGCUACCCAAGCAAAAGCAGCCAAUAAUAGUCACAUGCAUAAUGUUCAUGUUUUUCCAACUUUCGGAAUGGCAGGCGGACAACCUACUUAUCACACGACCCAACCUAGAGCAGCAAGCAGUGCAGUUAGAGCUACAUAUCCAUCACCAGCUACUAGAAUGAGACCUUAUUUUCCCACAAUGGGACAAGCACCUCCACCUCUAGUUAGAACCAAUACACCUUCAACUUUUCGAUCGUUUAGCGGAUACCGAAAGGAAGAUAAUUGGCUGGCGCAAUACAAUGCAAAUCAGAAGGCAGCUGGGGGCUACAUGAUCAUCGAACCAAAUAUGAAUCAAAAUAACUAUCAUCAAGCGUCACAGGGAAACUAUCCUCCGCCACUACUCCAUAUGAAUGGAAUAUCAAGGACUGUGGAAUCACUUGAACGAUUCAACAAUCCCGGCACCUCUGGGCAGGUUGAAAAUGGUUUUCACUCGUCGAUUUCGCCAAACUUUCUAGAGACCAACACAGACGCAUCACCAAAUGGUGACUACUACCAGGAGUGCGCGAAUAAUUACAGUGUAAGUAGUACGACUGCCCAAUUAGUGAAUCAAAAUCCAGCCCAUCAACAACCUCGAACGGCAUCGAAUACGCCAUCAGAAGAAAGAAACAGUAUGACGAACGGACGAUCAUUGCUGAAUAGUGUUAGUAGGAGUAAUAGUAAACUUAUACCUUUAUCAGAUACACCGCCUACGAGUACUAAUAGCAUUCCAUAUAAGAUACAAAAAGUGCUAGUUGAAGGUAAAAUGGUUCCUUGUAUUAAUAUGAAACCGAAUAUCUGGACUGACAUGCUAGUGACAUUACCUGAUUUAGUAACGAAUUUCUUCAAUAAUGUUCCUAUACAAUCGUGUCAACAGGUUAUGCAAGUGCUUGGAAUAGAAAUAUACAAAGCUAAUAAUUCGCAGUUGCGGCUGUUAAUGGAGAAUGGUAGGUGUGGAAAUGCCAGUGAAACAGUACCCUUAGUGCAAGUUAGGAAUGUAAUUGACUUCAUGCCUCAGCUGAAGUACAUGAUGAGUAGCAUGUUAGCGUCGGAUGUAACAGCGUCAAAAAGGCUAAGGAACAGCUAGGAGUGG